AUGUUCAAUCAUUAAAAGUGACGUGUGCCCGUCCGUUCUGAUCGCGUUAUUACGGUAACAGCACCCGGAAAUGCGCGAAUAUCCACACAUUCUAUAUGUUCGUGCAGGUAUGAUACAAAAAUCCGCGUUGCUCGUCUGCAGUGUUACAGUGUAACCGGCACCGUAGUAUUUCCGUAUCACAUGCCGAAACGCGUUCUGUGGAUGUCUGCGCUUUCCCUGUAACGUCUCCGUAGAAACACGGCUCGUAGGAUUUUGUGUUGGCGCCGCUAUCCCACGUGUUGCAGAAGAGACAAAUACAUCGCAGAAUCCCGCCACCGAGCGAGCUGCAUCGACAGCUUGAAGUCGUCGCUGUCACUGCAAGACAUCACGAUCCGUUAGUGUUCACGGUUCCCAUCUCCAGCUCCAUCCGAAGGCUGUACAAUGAGCGAAUACUUCUCUCUGUCGGAGUGUGAUGUAAUUGGCUUUGAUUUGGACCACACGCUCUGUCGAUACAAUCUGAAGGAGACCUCCAGGCUGAUCUAUGACAGUUUUGCACGGUAUCUGGUGGAACACAAGGGCUAUGAUAAAGAUCUACUUCAUUUAACACCUGCUACCUGGGAUUUCUGUUUUAAAGGUCUUGUGGUGGACCUUGAGGAGGGCAACCUGGUCAAGUUGGCAGAGGACGGUACGGUCUUGCGAGCAACUCAUGGCACUAAAAACCUUAGUCCUGACGACAUCAUAAAGCAUUAUGGUCCAAAAAGAGAAUGGAAGCAUUUUAAUAGCCUCAAUACCUCGUACACACGAUCUGCAAAAUACUAUUUUUAUGACAACUAUUUUGACCUCCCUGGUGCUCUUCUCUGUGCCAGAGUGGUGGAUAUGUUCAACAAGCGAGGAGCUGAAAUCACUUCUGACUUUUGGAAGGACAUUGUUGCUGCCAUUGACCAUAACUACAACACAUCUGCAUUUCGCGAGGAUGCAGGGACGUAUUUCCCCAGUGUGAAGCAGUGUCCUGGCCGUUACCUGCAGCCCUGCUCCGAUGCGGUGAAGACCUGGUUGAGGAGCAUGAAGAACAGCGGUAAAAUCCUGCUGCUCAUCACCAGCUCACACUCGGACUACUGCCGGCUCGUGUGUGAGCACAUACUCGGAUCGGACUUUGAGGAGCUGUUUGACAUCAUUAUCACUAAUGCUCUGAAGCCUGGAUUCUUCUCUUUGGUUCCACAGCAGAGACCCUUCAGAAAUCUGGUGGAUGAUGUUGAAGAAAGUGAAGGACUGCCAUCUCUGGAAAAGCCUGGAUGGUAUUCUCAGGGCAACUGGCCUCAUCUACACGAACUUCUGAAGAACAUGACCAACAAAACUGAGCCCAAGGUGGUGUAUUUCGGAGACAGCAUGCGCUCAGACAUGUUCCCGGCCUGCAGCUUUGGAAAGUGGGAGACGGUGAUGAUUGUGGAGGAGAUGGAGGGGGAGGGCGUUCCACGUGCUAACGCGACCCCCUGUAACAGCCCCACUCCGAGUGAAGGCCCGGUGGAAAAAAAGGGCAAGUUUGAGGAUCAAGGAAUGAAAUCUCCUUCAGCUGUAUCAAACCAGUGGGGCUCAUAUUUUGUGGAUGUGCAAAAGAAUGAAGGAGAGGAAACACGGAGGCUCACCUGGUGUUGCCACAGUAUUCACACAUACAGCACCAUGGCUAUACCCAGCAUUGAGGCUAUUGCAGAUCUUCCUCUAGACUUUAAGUUCCAGAGAUUCUCUUCGGAUAGGCCCGUCACGACAGGUUAUUACCCCAGACCUCCAGACUCACUGCUCAAAUGGGAAGAGAACUAGCCCCAAACCCUCACACCUGUGAGCAUAGACCAAGAGAUUGUUUCAUCGUUACGUUCUGGAGCUUCACCUCAGAGCUAGACCAUCCAUUCGUCCAAUCAGUGAUAAAGCUGUGUGAAUGUAACACCCAGAGCACUGUCUGUGUAUUUUCUUCUCACCCCUUCCCAAAUCACUACAGCAUCCACAGUAUGAAGUUGUGUCUGUAAACAUGCUGAAUAUCUGUACAUUGAUCAUUGGAUGUAGGAGGAAGUCACAGUGUAUUGUGCUCCCACUACCAUUAAACUACUUUUAAUGGUGUACAGAGAAAAGAAAACAUAGCUUUCCCUUGAGCUAUGUGUGUUUUUUUUUUUGUUUUGUUUUGUCCUGUUUUUAUGAAGGGAAUGUUAUAUGACCUCAAGAGGAUUUGUACUUGCAGCUGUUGUAAAUGCUUUCUGAGGAAAGCAAGGCACAAAUGAUAUUGAGUAUUCAUGCAAUCAAGAAACAGCCAUGAGUUCUUUGCUCUUUUCAUGAUUGGCUGGUGUUUUGAGAGGGUGGUAACCUGCAGGUUUUGUAACUGGUUCAGACCUGGGCCGGUUUGUUUUACUUUCCAACAUUUGAUUAUGAUUUCAAUACUUUAGCUUACUGUAGCUUACUGUAUUCUGCAGAUGUUCUUGUAAUAAAUGGAGAAAUGGACGUCAUACUUCCAAGCGCCAGUAAUAAAAGGAAUAGUUUACCCAAAACUAAAAAAAAAAUUGUUGGUAUUUAUUCACCAUCGUGUUGUUCCAAACCACUGAGUUGUUGAUGGAGCAUAAAGGCUUUGCUGAAGAAUCUUCAUGCAGCUCUUUCUAUACAGCAACAGUUUAAAAUUUGUAAGAAGUACACAGGAAACUAGUCUGUGUGACUAAUGUGCUACAUUUCAAGUCUUCUGAUGCCACAAGUUGUUAUUUUACUGACCAUUUCUUCCUCCAGUGAGUUGUUAGCUAAAGAGCCCAUGCAUAAGUUGAUGGAUUUAGUCAGCUGAACUCAAGAACUGGAUCAUUGAGGUGGCUCUUUUCUCGUCGAUCUUCUCAAUGAUGUGUUUACAGUCAGACUGAUUUGUUUAACUUGCAGACUUGAUGAUCCAGUUACAGCAGUUCUCAGGCUAAUGGCUCACUGACGGGAAAAGUUUAUCAGUGAAAAAGGACUCACAUUUUGGUCUGUUCCUCACAUCGGAAGACAGGAAAUAUAGCAAACAAGUCCUACACUCUUAAAAAUAAAGGUGCUUCACGAUGCCAUAGAAGAACCCUUUUGUCUAAAUGGUUUCAGAAAGAGCCUUCAACACCUGAAGAACCCUUCUGUUUAACAAAAGUUUCUUUGUGGCGAAAAAAGGUUCUUUAGAUUAUAAAAAGGUUCGAAAGAGAUGGUUUUUCAAAGACAGACUUGGAACCAAAAAUUGGUGCAUCUAUGGCAUCGCUGUUAAGAACCUUUUAAGCACCUUUAUAUUUAAGAGUCUAUGUUUGUUUUAGAAAGUCAUUCACGUUUGGAACAACACAAGGUUAGUAAAGAAUGAAUUUUCAUUUAGUGGUGAACUAUUCCUUGUAAAUGCCUUUCGUUUCAGGUCUUCAUUGUUACUGAAUGAAGAGAGGUGAUUUGUUUCUGUGUAUGUAAUGUUAUAGAAACAUAUUGUGUAAAAAUAUAUUGUGCUGUUGGGUGAUAGUCAGUGUAAACAGUCAGUUUCUGUCAUGUGCAGGACCGGUGUUGAAUGGUGCCAAGCUUUACCCUCCCAUUCAGUGGUUUUAUGUGUCAGGGCACAUCUCUCACCCAAAACCUGUUAUUUGUUUCAUGUGUGUGCUGGCCCUGAGCUUUAAUAAUGAUUUGUUUAAAACAAUGUAAGUGGAAUAGAUGUUUUUAUGUUGUGUGCUCUGAUGAGGUUUCUGCAUUGGGAGGCUGUUAUGGAUUUUACAUAAAAAAUGGUACAGUGUUAUAAAUCGGAGUAUUAAGUGACACUUGGCAGCUUCAUCAUGAGUACAGACGUAUGGAAACCCUCAUCAUAAGCAUGACCUACUUUUAUGAAAAAAAAAAA